AUGCCGGGAAAACGUGCCGCCGCCGCCGCCGCCGCGAGCGCCAACCGCCCACUCGGUGCCGCCAAGAAGCGGAGAGUGGCUGCCGCCCGCCAGCCCGAGCGGCACCGGGCAGCCCUCCUCCUCCCCCCCCCCCACCCCGCGGGGGAUGGGGCCCCCGCCUCGUCCACGACGCGCAGCAGCAGCAGCAGCGGCGGCGGCGGCAGCAACAACAACAACAACAACGGCAGCAGCAACAACAAUAACGGCCGCCGGGGUCGGGGUCGGCCGCGCAAAGUGGUGACCGCGCCGGAGAGGAAGAGGCGGCGGCGGACACCGAGCCCAGGAACAACAAAUUUGCAUCCAAUUUCUGUUACCAAGCUGGAUACCAUCAGGAAAUCUCGAAAGAAAGGGAAGAGGAUUCUGUCAGAUACAGGUCUCGGUUGUGUCGAAGAAGAUUUUGAGGACUGCCAAACAAAGCCAUAUUGCUGCAGUCUGUGUAGUUUUUCUACAAAGUUUAUAUCUGCUUACAAGAGUCAUAUGCACUGUUCCCAUGAAGACAAAAUGGAUGAGGAAAUGGUGAUUAACUGCCCUAAUUGUUCGUUUGUUUCCAAUUCUAAGAAUAUGAAGGAACACAUCCAGAUAUUCCAUUCGGAGCCUCGGAAAGCUCACGUUACUAACGACAUAAGUACAGAUCAAGUGAGCCAGAUGCAACCCAAGAUCUUGCAAGGAAAAAUGUUAACCCUGGUGCAAGCAGUUUAUUUUUGCAGGGUUUGUCAUUACAAAGAUGUGUCGGUGUAUGCCUUAAUGAAACAUGUUUUUGUAUUGCAUUUUGGAAUUUUAUUAAACACUUACAUUGGGGAGGUAGAACCAAAGCUUGUGUCAAAAAAUAAGACUCCCUUGGUUAAUAAUGCAAAACCACUUAUAAAUAAGUAUUUUUGUAAAGGAUGCAAAAUAAAAACAAUCACUCAUGAGGCUUUAAUAUAUCACAUUUUGGAUAGACAUAAAGAAGUGGAAUAUCAGGUAAAAGUUAAAAUUGGACAUAUAUCUGAACUGAGACCAACAUCACAAACUGCUCCUAAGCCAUUGUUGAAUCAAGUUCCUGCAUCAGCACCACCCUAUCGCAGAGCACGGACAGCACUCUGUGUCAGAUCAUUGGCACAUGCAUCAUCAGAAGCCAGGCAGCUGGCCCCAGCAGCACCCCAUGUUGAAUUGCCACAACAAGCACUACCCCAUGUCGAACCACCAGAAUUGGCACUGCUCUGUGUCGAACCACCAGAAUCGGCUCUAUCCCAUCUCGAAUCACCACAACUAGCAAUGCCCCAUGUCGAACAACCAGAAUCGGCACCACUCCAUGUCGAACAACCAGAAUCAGCACUACCCUACAUCGAAUCGCCUCAACCGGCGUGGUCCUGGAUCGAACCGCUGGAAUCAGCGCCGUCCUGUGUUGAUCCACUAACACCACUUGCCGGGUCACCAUCGCCACCAAGUGUCGGACCACCAGUAUCAUUGCUGCCCAGUGUAGAAUCACCAGUAAAGCCCAAUGUCGAAUUACCAGCUUUGCUAUUACGCAAUGUCAGACCACUGACACCACCGCGCCCCAGUGUAGUAACACUGGUACCAUUGGCUCCACGUGUCAGAUCACCAUCAUCACCUGGUGUCACAACACAGAUUCUGGCACCCCCCACGUCCAAUCAAUGCCAGCAACAUCCACCAUCAAAUUGUCUCUACCAGCAACUGUGCAACAGGCCAUUAAUGUGGUGGCACUUAAUCAUAAUAUUAAACCAGUAACUGUGGGAUCUAUCCUGACCAACGUCAACCACUUUCCUUCACAAAACAGCGCUACG